AUGGAUCUGAUAGGAUCUGAUAUUCGGUCUUCCCUCCCCGAUCCCGCAACAACAUUUCUCCGCAUUUUCACCCAACGCGGCCGCAUCGUCCGAGCUUCAAACGACGCACGCGCAUCUGGAGCUCUGAUUCCUCCCACCUAUCUAUCCCCCACCUACUUACCGACCCCACGAACCUCAACAAUCUCGCGCCGUUCUCCUCUAGACAGAUCAACGCGCGCAUUUAUACUCUGCGCGACAUAUUGUUCUAUACGGAAGAAAGAAGGAAAGAAUAUACCAGUGAAGAUGACGGGACGCGGUGGAGGUGGUGGUGGUGGGCGCAGGGUUUUGUUGCCGCCUAUCAAUAUGAUUUUCAAGCUGUUGCAGACGAACUCCACAGUGUCCAUCUGGCUGUACGAGCAAAUUGCCAUCCGCAUCGAGGGGAAGAUCAGGGGAUUCGAUGAGUUCAUGAACCUCGUUAUCGACGACGCGAUCGAGGUCGGGCAAAUUACAAAGACGAAUGAGACGGAGACGAGGAGGCCGCUAGGCAGGAUCUUGUUGAAGGGCGACAACGUGUCAUUGAUCCAGAGCUUGUCGGUUUGAAGGGGUUGGGUCGCUUGGAGAUGUAUACUGCGUCUAUAUGGCUGUUGCGGACGGGAUGUGCAGAUGGGUUUGGCGCUAAGGGGUGAUGAGGCCUUUGAAAAGCUUGUUCGGGAUGGUUGGAUGAAUGGAUGCCUGGGGGCGUUAUGACGCAUAUAUCCGAUGGUGAAUGGUCUAAAAACGAGCUCGAUCGAGUAUCUGGGACGAUGCUUGAGUGUUCGUUCUAUUACAUGUUUUUGCAUGUUGUGGUAGAUCUUGUGCUGUUCCUAGGGGUAGAAGAUCAAAUUCAAAUAUGCAAAUGCCAG